CGGGAGUCGGGACCGAGCUCGGAUCGGUUGCGUCGCUGGCUGAAGAACUGCAGGCUGCUGUGUUUGCAUAUAGAGAGGACUAUUUCUCCUGAGGCAUCACAUAAUCCACUGAAGCCUCUGCCGCUCUCACCACUGUCGGAGUCGACCAUCCUCGGCGCUUUGCUUGCCAGCGGCUCAGGAGAAAUGUCCUACUCUGCCUACUUCACCCGUGCUAACUUUUCAUUCCCCACUGGCUUUGCGGGGCUGGUUGGUGGCCUCUUUUACCUGAACACGUUCACCGGGCGCCCGGCGACCGGCACCAAGGAAGUUACUAUGGCCGAAUACAACGCUACGCCGCUGGUGUAUCUGCAGUCGCCUGACCGGCAUCCCACUCGCAGCCCCAAGGUCCCGGGGAUGAGCGAUGUUCCCCAUGCGUACGAUGAGCUGAUGCACAAGGUGCACGCCAAGGGCCACGGCCAUGCGCACCACUAAGCCGACCAGCACGGCCAUAACCGUGGAGUUGGCGAAGCAGCUGGAGGUUGCUCAUGGGACGGCGGGAAGGAGAGCUUACGCUCGGGCUUAUCGUGAUCGGGUAGCAGUAUUGGCUGCCCGGAGGCUGGUGUUGUGAUGGAGGUUUGUGUGGGUUCGUGUGCGUGUGGGGCAAGUACGCUUGAACCGAAGGUGCAGACCCGUUUGUGCUAUUGCACCCGGGUGCAGAGAGAUGCAGCGUAGGUAGUAUGGCUGUUGUGUCGCUAGCGUAGAAUGACAGUCUCUGUAACAGGCGCGUUCCAUUGUCGCGUGUCUGGCGUGUCCCGAUCCCAAGGCCAAGCCACGCGGGUACCACUCUGGUCUUUUGCUGUGUCCAAACUUUGACAGCCUGGUAGACCCAACAGGUAUCAUCUGACCAGGCCGCCAGCAUACCUACGGCUUCGUCUCGUUGUUUAGUAUGCGGCUACUAUGGUUCGGAGCUACGAGGAGGCGACCUGAAAGGCCGUACGGCUGCAGCCGUGCAUGGGGUGUGCAAUGGGACACGCAAAUAUUUUCGUCGUGAAAACUAAAAGCUUGAUAGCGUGACGGAUAGCGUACGCACAGUGUAUGCAGGAUACGCAAUCGCCACUGUAAAAAGAGUAGGCA